GCGACGUUGUGUUUUGAAAAAUUGCCGGAGCGUUCCUGCAACCUUCUGACAGCGCUGCCUGUCAACUCAAUCAACAUUUAUGGCCUCCGUCAAACUAACAGUUAACGGUUAGGAUGCCUAAAGCUCCGAAGAAAUCGUGUGCCUCUCAGACGUCCAUUAGCAGGUACUUCGGAGCCUUGAGCGGCGGUGGUGGCGGCGCGCCUAAAACCCAGACGGAUUGUAAUCCCUCCAAAGGCAAGAAGCGUGUCUCUCGACAUCAUGACACUGAGCUACCUUCCAAACAAGCCAAGCUCUCCCUGCAGGUGGAUGACGGAGGCCUUGACACUGCAUUCACUGACAGCCCUGCAGAGCAAAAAUUGCCAUUGAGCAGGAGACCAGCGGGUCUGUGUCCCUCUACCUUAGAGAGGCUGAGAGGCUUCACCUGCACGACUGAUCCCAGUGGCGAGAGCUGUGAUAUUGUGACUGUUGUGAAGGAGGCAAGCAGUGGUAGCCAUUGCAGUUCUACUGGUGUCAAAAGUCAACACAACAAUAAUGACCAGCUCACAGAAAAAGACGAAGAAGAGCAGAGUUCAAACCAGACGUUCUGCAUUUCUCAGUUUGCCAAACCAGCAGGCAGAGGACGACAAUGUGCUGAAGGAAGGGCUACAGAGGUCAGCCUUCCAUCAGAAAAUAGUGCCCUCUGCAGACGCACAAAGAGUGCGUACACUCCUUUGGAGCAGCAGGUCAUCCAGCUGAAAAAGCAGCACAAGGACGUCCUGUUGGCUGUGGAGUGUGGAUAUAAGUAUAGGUUUUUUGGAGACGAUGCUGAGAUUGCAGCAAAAGAGCUGAAUAUAUUCUGUCACCUGGACCAUAACUUUAUGACGUGCAGCAUCCCCACACACCGAUUGUUCGUUCACGUCAGGCGAUUGGUGUCCCACGGCCACAAGGUGGGUGUCGUCAAGCAGACCGAGACUUCCGCCAUCAAAGCGUCAGGGGCCAAUAAGAACACUCUGUUUACGAGGCAACUCAGUGCUCUGUACACCAAGUCCACACUGGUGGGAGAGGACAUCAACCCCGUGUGCGGUCCAGACGACGUGAAGGAGGGCGGAAGUCACGAUGCCGUGUCGCAGCCAACUGACAGCAUCCUGUUGUGUGUCAGCGAGAAUUGGGACAGGUUGAAGAAGCAGCUCACUGUGGGGCUGGUGGCAGUUCAGCCCAGCACAGGAGAGGUUCAACUGGAUUCUUUCCCUGACGGUCAGUCUCGCUCCGAACUGGAGAGCCGUGUCUUGAAGAUUAACCCUGUGGAGAUCCUGGUGCCCUCUGAUCUCUCAGCGCAGACCCAGAAACUGUUGCAGAGCAUCACAAAUGCCAGUGCGCAGGCUGAUGACAAGGUGCGAGUUGAGAAGAGGGACAGUGCGCACUUUGAGUUUGCCUCUGCAAUGAACACAGUAACUGAAUUCUAUUGCCACAAUCAGGUUGGAGGUUGUCAUUCUUUAUCUAGUGUGGCAUCAUUGGAGAGCCCCGUGAUCUGCUGUUUGGGUCCUCUCAUCCAGUACCUCCAAGAGUUCAACUUGGAGAGAGUGCUUAGAAGUGAAAGCUCCUUCCAACGUCUGACCGGUGAGUCACAGGGAAUGAUCCUCAGUGCGGCCACCCUCAGAAACCUGGAAAUUCUCAACAAUCAGACAGAUGGCGGUGUGAGGGGCAGUCUGCUGUGGGUAUUGGACCACACGCGCACUUCGUUUGGUAGGAGGCUCAUGAGGAAGUGGGUGACCCGUCCGCUCACAGACCCACGGUCCAUCUUGGAACGGCAGGAUGCAGUGCAGGAGAUCCUGGAGUCUGAUUCUCUCACAUUAAACUCCACAACAUCCCUGCUGGUGCAUUUGCCUGAUCUGGAGAGAGGAAUUUGCAGCAUAUUCAACAAAAAGUCCUCCACACAGGAGUUCUACCUCAUCAUCAGCAGCCUUUGUCGCCUGGCACUGGAACUGCAGGCCCUGCUGCCAGCUAUUAGAGCACAGAUUCGCUCUGGGCUCAUUCGAGGACUCCUGGUGGACACUCCGGACCUGCUGGCCCCGGCCCACGACUUCCUCAGCGUGCUCAACGAGAAGGCAGCCAAGUGUGGGAAUAAGACCGAGCUCUUCUCUGAUCUGUCUGGCUUCCCAGUGCUGCUGGAAAGAAGAGAGCAAAUCCAGAAGGUUUUACAAGAGAUUCAGGACCAUUGCAAACACGUCCGAAUUGUCCUGAAAGCCCCCGCCCUCAACUACACCACUGUGUCAGGACAGGAGUUUCUGAUUGAGGUGAAGAACUCACAGUCCUCCAUUGUUCCUAUCGAUUGGGUCAAAAUCAGCAGCACCAAAGUGGUCAGCAGGUAUCACUCCCCCUUUUUGGUGGAGCGCCACAAGAAGCUGCUGCAGCUCCGUGAGCAGCUGCUACUGGACUGCCAGAGGGAGUGGACCGCUUUCAUGGAUCAGUUUGGGGAGCACUAUCACACCAUGAAAAGGGCUAUUAGUCACCUAGCAACCAUGGACUGUCUCUUCUCAUUGGCUGAGGUUGCCAAACAUGGGGACUAUUGCAGACCAAAGGUGUCUGACAAUGAGCGUCAGAUUGUGAUCAAGGAUGGCAGACACCCUGCUAUAGACCUACUAAUGGGCGAGCACAGCCAGUAUGUGCCCAAUAAUGCACAACUGCAGGCUGAUGGAAAAAUAACAAUGAUCAUCACUGGCCCUAACAUGGGGGGAAAGAGCUCCUACAUCCGCCAGGUGGCCCUGAUCUGUGUUAUGGCCCAAAUAGGCUCCUACGUGUCCAGCUCUGAGGCCCGUCUGGGCAUUUUGGAUGGCAUUUACACCAGAAUGGGAGCGUCGGACAACAUCUACAAAGGCCGCAGCACCUUUAUGGAGGAGCUAACGGAAGCCUCGGAGAUAAUUUCCCACGCGACCGAGCGUUCCCUGGUCAUCUUGGACGAACUGGGCCGGGGUACCAGUACCCACGACGGCAUCGCCAUCGCCUAUGCUACGCUUGAGCACUUCAUCAGAGAUGUGAAGUCUUUCACCCUCUUUGUGACCCAUUACCCGCCCUUGUGUGAGCUGGAGCGAGUGUAUCCACAACAUGUGUCUAACUACCACAUGUCCUUCCUCCUCAAUGACCCUGAUGUGGCCACUGACACACAAGAUGGAGAGGUUCAUCCUGAGUUCAUCACCUUCCUCUAUCAGUUAAGCGAAGGCGCUGCCGCGCGGAGUUACGGCCUCAAUGUCGCCCGCUUGGCUGACAUCCCGGAAUCAAUACUACAGACUGCGGCCCUCAAGGCCCGAGAGCUAGAGGAUGCAGUCAACUCCCGAAGGCGGAAGAAUGAGAAGUUACUCUUGGGGCUUUGGAGCAUUUCGGACAAAUCCUCUCUCACCGAGUGGCUGCGGUCCAACUCCUGACACCCGUGUAAUGCAAUAUGGACGCAAUCAGGACCCAAAACACACACACAAGAUACAAAAGUGUGCGGGUGUUUUUUUUUUUUUUUUUUACAUCAGGUUGUGUUUUCUGUACUGUUGCAUGUAGUGAACAUUCUAAACAUAUACCAAGGAUAACUGCUUUAGAGUGCGGAGGUACUACCCACAAAGGGACUGCUUUUGUACCCUUGACAUUUAACUUUUACAGCUAGGGAGUUUUACCCUUAGAGGUCUGUGCUACACUGCACGGUUUUACAAGAUGAAAGAACACCGCACUGCACGAUGUCAAGCGUGCCCGUCAUAAAUUGACUGAACGCUCACACUGUGUGACGAAACGUACAUUGAAUCCUGGCUGUCGACAGAGAGGAUUUCAGGCUUGGAUUGUUGUCUCGACUGUGAGUCGAAAUUUAGCCCUCGCCAUAGGGUGAAUUGCUUUGUAAAGAAAAUAAUAAAAGGAGGAAAAGGAAAG